GUAUGCCGCGACAUCUGGCCCUCGGCGCAGAUGGAGAAGGCGCACUUUCUGGUGGUCAACCUGGGCCUGCAGUACCUCAUUCCCCUCUCGGUGAUUGCCCUCUUCUACAUUCUCAUCCUGAAGAAGAUCGCCCAGCGGAAGCUGCCCAAGCUGGCCCGCCAGCUGCCCGCCACGCUGAAGGACGGCAACCGCCAGUCCUCGCUGGUGAUCGAGCGCAGCAAGGUGAAGGUCUUCAAGAUGCUCAUCGCCCUGGUCCUCCUCUUCGCCCUCAGCUGGCUGCCCCUCUACAUUCUCUUCUUCAUCAUCAAGAUGGGCGGGCCGCAGCUGGCCGCCGGCGAGGAGCACUCCCUCGCCAGUCAGAUCCUCGACACCGCCGUCCCCGUCGCCCAGUGGCUGGGCGCCUCCAACAGUUGCUGCAACCCGGUGCUGUACUUCUUCUUCAACGCCAAGUUUCGCAACUACUACCGCAGUAGCUGGCUGAAAAC